AGAUGGUUCUUAGCACAGAAGAAAACAGAAGUGCUGAUUUUGUCAACUUACCCAGUGACCCACUGCCCGAUGGAGAGACUGGCCUAGGGGAGAACAACAAGGAUUCUGUGAACAACCUCUGCAGUCAGUAUGAGGAGAAGGUGCGGCCCUGCAUUGACCUCAUCGACUCCCUGCGAGCUCUGGGUGUGGAGCAAGACCUGGCCCUUCCUGCCAUCGCUGUCAUCGGGGACCAGAGUUCAGGGAAGAGCUCUGUGCUGGAAGCACUGUCUGGAGUGGCCCUCCCCAGAGGCAGUGGUAUUGUUACCAGAUGUCCCCUGGUGCUGAAAUUGAAGAAGCUGAAUCAGGGUGAGGAGUGGAAAGGCAAAGUCACCUAUGAUGACAUCGAAGUGGAGCUCUCUCAUCCUUCAGAGGUGGAAGAGGCCAUCAACACAGGUCAGAACCAUAUUGCUGGGGUAGGGCUGGGGAUCAGUGAUAAACUCAUUAGCCUGGAUGUCAGCUCCCCACACGUCCCAGACCUGACUCUGAUUGACCUUCCUGGAAUCACCAGGGUGGCUGUAGGCAACCAGCCUGCAGACAUAGGACGCCAGAUCAAGAGACUUAUCACUAACUACAUCCAAAAACAAGAGACCAUCAACCUGGUGGUGGUCCCCAGCAAUGUGGACAUUGCCACCACAGAGGCCCUGAGCAUGGCUCAGGAGGUGGACCCUGAAGGGGAUAGGACCAUAGGGAUCUUGACCAAGCCUGAUCUGGUGGACAGAGGGACUGAAGACAAGGUCGUGGAUGUGGUGAGGAACCUCGUGUGCCACCUGAAGAAGGGCUACAUGAUAGUCAAGUGCAGGGGUCAGCAGGACAUCCAGGAGCAGCUGAGCCUGGCUGAGGCUCUUCAGAAGGAGCAAGUCUUCUUCAGUGAACACCCUCAAUUCAGAGCUCUUCUGGAGGAUGGGAAGGCCACGGUGCCCUGCCUGGCAGAGAGGCUGACCAUGGAGCUCAUCUCACACAUCUGUAAAUCUCUUCCUUUGUUGGAAAAUCAAAUAAAGGAAACUCACCAGAGUACAAGUGAGGAGCUGCAGAAGUAUGGUGCAGACAUACCAGAAGAUGAGAAUGAAAAAACUUUCUUCCUGAUCGAGAAAAUCAAUGCUUUUAACCAGGACAUCACUGCCAUAGUACAAGGGGAAGAGAUUGUGAGGGAGAAAGAAUGUCGCCUAUUCACCAAGCUCCGUAAAGAGUUCUUCUCGUGGAGUGAGGAGAUCGAAAGGAAUUUCCAAAAAGGUUCUGCUGCUUUAUAUAAAGAAGUCUACACAUUCGAAAUGCAGUAUCGUGGCCGCGAACUACCAGGGUUUGUGAAUUACAAAACAUUUGAGAACAUCAUAAGAAGACAAAUCAAAACCCUGGAAGAACCAGCUAUGGAAAUGCUUCACAAGGUCACUGAAAUUGUACGGGCAGCCUUUACAACGGUUUCUGAGAAAAAUUUCUCUGAGUUUUUUAAUCUCCACAGAACUACCAAGUCCAAACUUGAAGACAUCAGAUUAGAACAGGAAACAGAAGCAGAGAAGUCGAUCCGGCUUCACUUCCAGAUGGAACAAAUCAUCUACUGCCAGGACCAAAUUUAUAGGAAAGCCUUGCAGAAGGUCAGAGAGGAGGAAGCUGAGGAGGAGGAGAGGAAGCAUGGCAAAAGCAGAUCUUCUCAGUCCCAAAAUUUACAGACCUCAUCCAUAGAUGAGAUCUUCCAGCAUCUGAAUGCCUACCGCCAGGAGGCUCACAACCGCAUCUCCAGCCACAUUCCAUUGAUCAUCCAGUAUUUCAUCUUGAAGAUGUUUGCUGAGAAGCUGCAGAAGGGCAUGCUCCAGCUCCUGCAGGACAAGGAUUCCUGCAGCUGGCUCCUGAAGGAAAAGAGUGACACCAGUGAGAAGAGGAGAUUCCUGAAGGAGCGGUUGGCAAGGCUGGCCCAAGCUCAACGCCGGCUAGCCAAAUUCCCUGGUUAAGCUGGCCCUGGCCUUUCCUGUGUCUCCUGGAUAAUGAUUCAGGGACAGAAGGGCUCCUGCCUUCCCUUAAGCUAACCACUACCCUUUAUCCUAUAAUAAGUAUUAGUUCUAAGAUGUGAAGGAGCUUUCCAUUCACUCUGAGAUGAUAAAGAGAAAGAGAUUCUCAAAACUCAGCAGUUAGAUGAGUAGGAGAAGCCACUUUGCUGAUAAGACAAUAGCUUCACUCUGAGUACCAUUCCUAUUCACCAUAUCCUCAUUUUAGAACCCUGCCAGGAACAAGUAUUUGCUGAACAAAUGGGCCAUGACGUUUGGGAGCUGCCUAUUGCAUUUCUUAAUAAACUACUUUUCUAUGACUCACUUCAAA